AUGAGGAGGUUCCUGAGGCCUGGACACGACCCUGCGAGGGAGAGGCUCAAGAGGGACCUCUUCCAGUUUAACAAGACGGUGGAGCAUGGCUUCCCCCACCAGCCCAGCGCCCUCGGCUACAGCCCCUCCCUGCGCAUCCUGGCCAUCGGCACCCGCUCUGGGGCUGUCAAGCUCUAUGGUGCCCCAGGGGUGGAGUUCAUGGGCCUGCACCGCGAGAAUAACACCGUGGUGCAGAUCCACUUCCUGCCUGGCCAGUGCCAGCUGGUCACCCUGCUGGACGACAACAGCCUGCACCUGUGGAGCCUGAAGGUCAAAGGCGGGGUGUCGGAGCUGCAGGAAGAUGAGGCGUUCACGCUGCGUGGCCCCCCGGGGGCUGCCCCCAGCGCCACGCAAAUCACCGUGGUCCUGCCACACUCCUCCCGCCAGCUGCUCUACCUGGGCACCGAGAGUGGCAACGUGUUCGCAGUGCAGCUGCCAGCCUUCCGCGUGCUGGAGGACCGGGCCAUCAGCUCGGACACUGUGCUGCAGCGGUUGCCAGAGGAGGCGCGCCACCGGCGGGCGUUUGAGAUGGUGGAGGCUCUGCAGGAGCACCCCCGGGACCCCGGCCAGAUCCUCAUCGGCUACAGCCGGGGCCUCGUGGUCAUCUGGGACCUGCAGGGCAGCCGCGUGCUCUCUCAUUUCCUCAGCAGCCAGCAACUGGAAAACGUCUGCUGGCAGCGGGACAGCCGUCUGAUCGUCAGCUGCCAUUCUGACGGCAGCUACUGCCAAUGGCGCAUGUCCAGCGACGCCCCGCAGCCGGAGCCUGUGCGCAGCUGUGUGCCUUACGGUCCUUUUCCUUGCAAAGCUAUUACCAAAAUCUUCUGGCUGACCACCAAGCAGGGGUUGCCCUUCACCAUCUUCCAGGGCGGCAUGCCGCGGGCCAGCUACGGGGACCGCCACUGCAUCUCCGUGGUCCACAACGGCCAGCAGACAGCCUUCGACUUCACCUCCCGCGUCAUUGAUUUCACUGUCCUCGUCGAGGUGGACCCUGCAGCUGCCUUCGAUGACCCCUAUGCCCUAGUUGUGCUGGCCGAGGAGGAGCUGGUGGUGAUUGACCUGCAGACGGCUGGUUGGCCGCCGGUCCAGCCUCCCUACCUGGCCUCCCUACACUGUUCUGCCAUCACCUGCUCCCACCAUGUCUCCAACAUCCCGCUGAAACUGUGGGAACGCAUCAUAGCAGCCGGCAGCCGGCAGAGCACACACUUCUCCACCAUGGAGUGGCCCAUUGACGGCGGCACCAGCCUGGCCCCGGCCCCGCCGCAGAGGGACCUGCUGCUCACGGGGCACGAGGACGGCACGGUGCGGUUCUGGGACGCCUCAGGCGUCUGCCUGCGGCUGCUCUACAAGCUUAGCACCGUGCGGGUGUUCCUCACUGACACAGACCCCAACGAGAGCCUCAGUGCCCAGGGCGAGGAAGAAUGGCCACCCCUCCGCAAGGUGGGCUCCUUUGACCCCUAUAGUGAUGAUCCUCGGCUGGGCAUCCAGAAGAUUUUCCUCUGCAAAUACAGCGGCUACCUGGCUGUGGCUGGCACAGCAGGGCAGGUGCUCGUGCUGGAGCUGAACGACGAGGAGGCAGAGCACGUGGUGGAGCAGGUGGAGGCCGACCUGCUGCGAGACCAGGAGGGCUACCGCUGGAAGGGCCACGAGCGGCUGUGUGCCCGCCCGGGGCCUGUGCACUUUGAGCCCGGCUUCCAGCCCUUCGUGCUGGUGCAGUGCCAGCCCCCGGCCGUGGUCACCUCCUUGGCCCUGCACUCCGAGUGGCGGCUCGUGGCCUUCGGCACCAGCCACGGCUUCGGCCUCUUUGACCACCAGCAGCGGCGGCAGGUCUUUGUCAAGUGCACGCUGCACCCCAGUGACCAGCUUGCCUUGGAGGGCCCGCUGUCCCGCGUGAAAUCCCUGAAGAAGUCCCUGCGCCAGUCCUUCCGCCGGAUCCGCCGCAGCCGGGCGUCCAGCAGGAAGCGGCGGCCCGCUGGCCCUCCGGGAGAGGUGCAGGAGGGGAGCAGCAGGGCAGAGCGGACCGGACUGCAGAACAUGGAGCUGGCGCCCGUUCAGCGCAAGAUCGAGGCGCGGUCAGCAGAGGACUCCUUCACGGGUUUCGUCCGGACCCUCUACUUCGCCGACACCUACCUGAGGGACAGUUCCCGCCACUGCCCCUCGCUGUGGGCUGGCACCAAUGGCGGCACCGUCUACGCCUUUGCCCUGCGCGUGCCCCCUGCCGAGCGGAGAAUGGAUGAGCCAGUGCGGGCGGAGCAGGCCAAGGAGAUCCAGCUGAUGCACCGAGCGCCCGUCGUGGGCAUCCUGGUGCUGGACGGACACAGCGUGCCCCUUCCCGAGCCCCUGGAAGUGGCCCACGACCUGUCAAAGAGCCCGGACAUGCAGGGGAGCCACCAGCUGCUCGUCGUGUCAGAGGAGCAGUUCAAGGUGUUCACGCUACCCAAGGUCAGUGCCCGGCUGAAGCUGAAGCUGACCGCCCUGGAGGGCUCGCGGGUGCGGCGGGUCAGCGCUGCCCGCUUCGGCAGCUGUCGAGCCGAGGACUACGGGGAGCAUCACCUGGCCGUCCUCACCAACCUGGGCGACGUCCAGGUGGUCUCGCUGCCCCUGCUCAAGCCCCAGGUGCGGUACAGCUGCAUCCGCCGGGAGGACGUCAGUGGCAUCGCCUCAUGCGUCUUCACCAAAUACGGCCAAGGUUUCUAUCUGAUCUCACCCUCCGAGUUUGAGCGCUUCUCUCUUUCCACCAAGUGGCUGGUUGAGCCCCGAUGUCUGGUGGAUUCAGCAGAAUCAAAGAACCGCAGCCGCCCACGCAACAGGUCAGGCCCCGAGAAGUCCUUGGGCCGAGCCAGGAACUCAGGCAGCCAGAGUGAUGGAGAGGCGCGGAGGUCGGGCCCUGUGAUGGAGCAUGCUCUACUCAAUGACGAGAGGGUUCUGAAGGAGAUCCAGAGCACGCUGGAGGGAGACCGAGGGAGCUGUGGCGAUUGGCGUUCUCAGCGCGUGGCCGUGGGGUACAGCCUCAGCAACGGGGGAGGUAGGGGCUCUGGGCACUGCUGCGGGCUUGGCGGGGUGCACCAAGGUCAGCCUGGUUCCAGCCUCCAAGGGGCUAAGUAA